AUGACUUGCCAAGCGUUUGCUUCAUCUGACACCUUUGUACCCUUGAAUUCUGACUCUUCUCCCUCUCUGCCUCUGAUAAUGCAUCACAGCGCCGCAGAGUGCCUGCCGGUUUCUAACCAUGCCACCAAUGUUGUGUCUACAGUCCCAUCUGUUUUGUCUUUGAUCCAAACUCCUAUAUGCUCCCAUAUCCGCUUUGCCACGAUGACUUUGGGAAAUGCGUCAACAGGCCUUCAUUACUCUGUGCCUUCCUGUCAUUAUGGAAAUCAACCGUCUACCUACGGGGUGAUGGCAGGCAUCAAGCCUGCGACUCCAGAGCUGCUCUCAGCAAGUCUCUCCCAGAGUCGCAUCUUACAGACAUGCAGCAUGCCGCAUCCCAACGUGGUAAAUGGUGUCAGCAGCUUGCAAAGCAACCUGACCCCUUGCCUUUAUAAAUUCCCGGAGCAUGCCCUGAGCGCCAGCUCCUGUGCCCUGAGCCACAGCUUCACGUCCAUGCACCAGUCCCUCCUCGCAGACGAUGCCACCACCGUAGACUUCAAGCAGGAGUUCCGCAGAAAAAGCAAGUCUGUUGAAGAGCCCGUUGACAUGGACUCACCUGAAAUCAGGGAACUGGAGAAAUUUGCUAAUGAAUUCAAGCUGCGGAGAAUUAAGCUGGGUUAUACACAAACCAAUGUUGGAGAAGCACUGGCUGCUGUGCACGGCUCUGAAUUCAGCCAAACUACUAUUUGCCGGUUUGAAAACUUGCAGCUGAGUUUCAAGAACGCAUGCAAACUGAAAUCAAUACUGUCCAAGUGGCUGGAGGAAGCUGAACAAGUAGGAGCUUUAUACAGUGAAAAAGUUGGAGUGAAUGAGCGGAAGAGGAAGCGCAGAACCACCAUAAGUAUCGCUGCCAAAGAAGCCCUAGAGAGGCACUUUGGAGAACAAAGUAAGCCUUCUUCUCAGGAGAUUAUGAGGAUGGCUGAGGGGCUCAACCUUGAGAAAGAAGUUGUGAGAGUUUGGUUUUGCAACAGAAGACAAAGGGAAAAAAGAGUGAAGACAAGUUUACAUCAGAACGCCUUUAGUUCUAUUAUCAAGGAGCAUCACGAAUGCCGGUAA